CGGAAGUUUGAACUGCGGGGCGGUUGGAGCCGGCGCUGGCGGGAGGGAACUGGCUCUUUGAUGUUCUUCAGCUGUUGGAGAUUGAUCUAUUUUCUUGCCCCUUUGUAAUGAAGGAUUGGAACCCACAUGACAAAUGAGUAAAAUUCUCCAGUCUCAGCUGGGAGUCUGAAGAGAUGCCGCAAAGUCAGAGUUAUAAGACCCCAAAACAGCAUCUGCAAGUUAACCUUAAAAAGCAGACUGAUCUCUCUGCAUGGCGAAAAGGAGGGAGAAUUGGCCCUGAAAAAAGUGUCCAGCUUCAUCAAUCUCCUAACAAUCAGGAAAAUUACAAGAAGGAAGACUCCCUUGAUCAAGCUUUGAGAUACUUUGAGAAAGUUCAAGACUGUGUUUCACUGAAAAAGAACAGCGUUCUGCAGAAACACUUGACUACUGUGGAAAGUAUUGCCCUACAAAGAGGGCUACCUCCUGAAGGACUUGAUGUAUUGCUAAACGUGGCACUCAGUGGCAAACUUGCUGAUAAUGUGAAUACUCGUUUACUGAAGAGCCUGAUUCCAGCCUCAGUAGUACCAGAAAGUUCUGUGGUUUCAUCUGUAUCUUGGCUGUGUGUUGGCAAAUGCUCAGACAAUGUCCAGCUGCUUUUUUUGAGAUGGCUGAUCUCAGUGUUUGACUUCAUUGAUCACAAGGAACAAUUUCAUGCCCUGUAUGGCUUCUUCUUUUCCUUCCUCCAAGAUGAGAAGAUGUGCCCCUACAUCUGCCACCUGCUCUACCUGCUGACCAGGAAAGAAAAUGUCAAGCCUUUUCGGAUUAGGAGACUGCUUGGCCUCCAAGUAAAAAUGGGAAUGCAGCCUCAUCUCCAGGCUCUACUAUCGCUGUAUAAACUAUUCUGUCCUGAGCUGGUGACCAUAAACCUUUCUGGGAAAACAAAGACUUACUUCAAGAAUUCAGAGGGCCCAUGGAAAGCAGCAAUCAAUGCAGUCAGGCAAAGAAACCAGGAAAAUUCUUCAGUGUCCCAGCUCCUGUUUUUAGGCACAGCUCGACCUCAGUCACGAAAAAGGAAAUGGAAUACACAGUUGUUUAUACCUGCAAGCAGCACAAACAUGAAUAAUUUAGAAGAGGGCAGGGAAAAGAACUGUGUUGAUUUGUACACUACAAAUGAGUCUUUUCCAGUGGAGCAGCUGCAGACCUUUUCUCAGCUCCUACGAAAUAUCCACUGUCUGGAGCUUCCUUCCCAGAUGGGUUCAGUGCUAACAAACCCUUUAUUGCUUCACUACAUGAAUUGCAUCAAAGAUGACUGUAUUUACCUGAGGCUCUAUUACUGGUUGGGCCAGACUCUUCAGGAAGAAUGUACCUGGUGUGUAGCUGAUAACAGAUAUGAAGAUGAAUUCAAGGACUUCCUAGAAACAGUCUACAAGACAGAGUGUUUCUUGCAGGAGGGACUUCCUUCCUGUGAAGAGUUCCUGUAUAAAAGCCUUCCUCUCUGGGAUGGUUUUUGCUGCCGAUCACAAAUCCUCAGACUUGUGAGUUGGAUUCCCCUCAGCAGCUUCUCUGAAAUGAAGUCGCAUCUCUAUGAUCCCCUGUCACAGCUUUUUUUCACAUCAUCUCUUUACUUUAAGUGCAGUGUUCUCGAGAGCCUGAAAGAGCUUUUGCAGAACUGGUUAAAUUGGCACGCAAUUUAUCGGGACUCAGAGUCUGACUCUCAAGUCUAUUCUUUGAAUACCACACUUUCUGGACUAGUGAAUGCGGUGGCUGAACUGAUCCACUUUGUUGGAUGGAUCUCUACUGUCGCAUUGCAUUUGGAAAAGAAUCCUACUUUCUUACUGUACUUCAUCCUGGAUUUCUAUGAGAUUGUGUGUGACACGUAUCUGAGGUACAAUAUGCCUUUGUUGAUAAUGCCUCCUGCUGGAGUUUUCUACCCCGCGCUUCUCAGCAUGGAUUCUGUCAGCUUGAAUCAGCUCUGCUACAUUAUGUACAGGUAUCGAACCAACUUGGUGGCUGCCAAAGAAAAUGAGAGGAGUAAAAAGAAAAUACUGCAAUUCAAGUUCAGUAGACAAACAUACCAAGAGUAUAACCAGUACAUAAUAGCUAUGGUGGGUUGUCUGUGGACAUCGAGUGCAUUCCAGAAGGAUAUUCAUCCUCAAGGUCUUCGUAUGGAUGAUGAACUGCUGAAGAAAACCACACUGCAGGAAUUCAAAACCAGCUUUAACAUUGUCUACCACCCAGCCGUGAUGGGCUAUGCUGUCCUCUUCCUGGAGCAGGCUUGGCCAGAUGAUACCACCUUCAACUUCAGUUUAAUUAAGGGAAAGAAGUGGAACUGGUAUCUGGAAUAUCUCUAUGCGCAAGGUUUAAAGGGCCUGAAAAUCUUUAUUGAAAGCAGCAUCAACCGUGUUUCUCAGGCCUCUAACAGUAAAGCAGAGAAUGUGCAAGUGUGACCCUGGGACUCACUGGAGCCUUUUUUAUCAUCUGGAACAGGAAAGCAGAAUAUAAGGGACUGUCAGUAAUUCUCCCUUCCUCAGAGGAAGGAAGCAGUUUGCAUUUUCGUACUGACAUCUGUUUUAGAGAAAUGAAGACACAGAAGUGCUUAGGCUGGCUUGGUUCACUAACACUGAGCACCCUCUUGUCCCUUCUGAACUUCUCUGGUCUGAAGGUGCUGAGCUCAUAUGUUAUGUAUCAUCCACAUUUUUCAUCAUUUUUCUCUCUUGGAGUAUCUACUUCGAUAGAUGGAAAAAUGUUUCUUUCUCUCAAAACUGCAAUGAGCAAUGCUGCUUCAUUGAUAAGUGGUGUUGAUCCCUGACAUGCUUUGCCUUCCUUGACAAUAGGUAAUGAGAAACAAUCAGCCUUUCAGGUAUACUGUGUAUGUACUAGAUUGGAGCACUAUGAGCUUCCCAGUUUCCUGUUGUACUUUGUAUAUACUGGCUUUUAAUAGGCUGACCAAACUGACCUUCCUGAACUUAAUUUUCAUUAUGAAGCUUCCAAAAGAGACUUUUUGCUAACAUUGCUUAUAAGGUUCUUCUAAUGCAGCUGGAAAAUUGGGUGCUCAGUUGAUGGUUUAUUGAAGGUUUGAGCAUUUGAUCAAUGUUAGCCACCAGCUCGUAAUUUUCUAUUGGCAAGUACAAAUGUAGCUUUCCUUUUUGUGUUUAGCGCUGUAUGUGUUGUAUAUUAUGCGUGUACAUAUAUAUAAUUUAUAUUCUGUAAAACAUUUCUAACGCCAUUUUGAAUGAACUCUGCUAUAAAAUAUAUCUUCUACUCAGUGUUAAAAUGAAAUGACAGGUAGAACUUGGGAGAAACUGAACUUGGGUCUCCAAAAUUUGAGUGAACUUUAUUUCACUGCUGUAAACAGAAGUUGGAACCACUUGAAAGAAGGGUCAGAGUAUGCUGAAUUUUGCAUUGUGAAUCUAUACUUAGAUCCAGUAACGGAAUCAGUCCUGAGAGUGAUUCCAGAGCCACUAAGGAGGUGUUUGAUUUCUUCAUCCUCUCAAAAUCAGACUGGCUCUAGGUUAAGUACCAUACUUCUCAACUCAGAUGGUUUGGUUAAUGCGUGUGUGUAUAUAUAUAUAUAUAUUUGUGUGUGUGUAUCUUCUUUCUAGAGGGUAAGAAAAUCUUUCACUGAAGACUUUGAGAGAGAUUUCCAGAGAGAUCUGUUUAGACUAAAGUAUUGCACUUUCUCAUCUGGCUGUGUUAUUCCAGCUAGUAUAAGUGCUGCUUGCUAAUUUCUGUCAAGAGAAACAUAUCUUCAAAAAUCCUGAUUAUAUUUUCCUAACAGGGGAAACUCCACAAAUUACAAAUUCCUUCAAGUGGAUAUGUUUCAAGAUGUGGCUCUAGCAUAUAACCAGUUAUCUUCUUUAAAGGCUGAUACUGUUGUUUUUGACCAGCUCAGCUUGUUGGUUGAGGACUAUCCACUGGCUGACAACCCCUAUCAUAGUGUUGCCUGUUGUUUGUUAGACUCCUUAAAGGUUUCAGCUAAGGACCCAAGGAGGGAAAGCUCUGUAGCUCCAUAGUUGCUUUUAUAAUUUUUCUAUGAAGCUACCUUCAUAAAGGUAUUGGAAAUGUUAGCAGUUUUGCUGGACGGCCUGCGUACUGCAUUCGUUAAGGACAACUUAAUUCUUAGCUUUUGUCCUUGUACCAUAUAAUUCUCUUCAGACAUUGACCAGACUUGUACUUCCAUAUUGACUCACGGGGAUUCUGUAUAGGAAUAGGGUUGGAGGGAUUGACAGCCCUAGGAAAACACAAGAUGAAGAUGUGGACUCAUUUAUAGACCUGUAUAUGGGAGCCUCAUUCAGAGGGGAAAGGAACAAAUAAAGAACAUUUAGUUCUAGCCAGGAAAACAGACUUCAUGUUACUUGGGUGAUGUUUGGAGUUUAUGUGGGAGGAGCAGAGCCCUGUAGCAUUCCUGUUGGACUCAAAGGUGCUGCCAGAGGCUUCAUUUCAAUUGUGAAAGGUGCCUAGAUUCUUAAAAGUGUGUGAUGUAUGUAAAUGUAUUUAAAGAGUCUUAUAGCAUAAUCCUUUAGGAUAUACUGAAUAGUUAUUGGUCUGUGAGAUCACUUUUCCCUUGAUGUUGGUGUUUGAUUGAGAAAACACAGAAUCAUGUUACAGAGGACUGCUGUUGCAGCAUCACAGGUAUUUUAUUAUACUCUGUGUUAUAAAAGUCUUUAAACAAAUGGUGUACUGUUUUGUCAUUCAAGUGCACAGUCUGGAUGCUUAGAGGUGCAGAAAUAAAGUAACAGGGCAGGUAACUUCCCUUUAAUCUCAGGUUUGUUGGUCAAUAUGGCCAUUUAAAAUCCUUCCUAUGCAGCAAUGAAGUGUCUAAUAUUACUGUGGGCUUGAGAUCACUUUUCAGCCUCUUUGUAUGUCUUGGUACUUUUUGUCGUCUUUAACAUUGGGACAUUUUUUUCCUUAUUUUUUUCUCUAAGUAUCUGACUUCACUAAUAUUCCAUUUGAAUGGGAGAAUGGUCCCUUUUAGGGAGGAAUGUGCUGCUGUACCUCAUCCUUUCCCUUCCCCCCCACGCUCACUUUUUCCUGUCUAAUCACUGUGGUAAACUUUGUGGACCAUUUUGUACUACAAGAAUAUGCUCAAUGACCUGGCUGACCACAACAUCUGUUCUGAGGACUAAAAUGGAGAUAGUAAAGACCCAUCCAUUUCCUGGUAAGUGGCAAAUCAGUGAUUUACCUUGUACCUCUUUCUGCCCAUUGUAAGUUGCUGUCUUUAUGUAUAUACUAUGAAAUUGUAGCAGAAACAACUGUUUUGUGGUUCUAGUUGAUAGGAACAAUGCAGGAUGAAAAGUUCAUUUAAGGCUCACAUUCAUGUCAGCCAGCACCCCAGAAUAUUUAAGUUUAGGUCAGGUCUGCAACCACCCUCUAAGGAGACUAUAUUCAACAUGAUUCACUAGAAAAUAAGUGCAUCCUUUCAUGUCACUUAGGUCUGCUCUCGUGUGUUGUUUUUUUUUUCUUUCCAGAGGAUGCUCUUCCAAGGUCCAAAUUUCUAGUAUCAGCUGAUCUCAGGGAAUGCUGGUUUGUGUCCUGUCUCCCCAUAAGUAAAAGUUGAUGACUUGCUCAAAUUCCUGUCUGGCCUCCCUUCUUAGGAGGCUUUUACGUGCUUUUGAUGUAGGGUUUCUAUAAUAUUAUAAGCAGGCCAAGGCAUGGUAAUUUCAGCUUAGCCACAUUCUGCAGCUUUUCUAGUAGCCUGUUUAGAUGCUUCUGAACUUGAAGCUUUUUCCUUUAGAAAAAUCUCUGAGUGGGUAUUAAAUAGGAUUUCAAAGUACAGGGCCAGAAUCCUGUCUGGGGUGUCCAGGCAUAGCUGCACUACUUCCUAAUGGAUCUAUGUUGAGUUACAGCAGGUGAACAUCUGGUUCACAGUUCACAAUACCAAAGCCAUUAACGCCUCCCCCUGUCAGACACACUGGCCUGAGCAUUAUGCAUCUGACAAUGCAAAUGCUUCAGGUUAGUAAAGCUGAAUUAUUUUUCUGAAGCCAUGUUUCUGGGUUUGGGGGGGAGACUCAUUUGUGCAUUAUUAUGCAACAGGUUGUCUUGCCCUUUCAGAGAGAGCUUGCUCUGAAAAAGUUAAUUUCAACCUGUUUUCAGCUGAAACAAAGAAACUGGUUCCUCUGUGUCCCUGCUUUCUAUUCUCUUGUUGGCCUACUUCCCUCUGCUUGCAUUUUGCAUUCCUAAUGCCAUGAAUAAAUCAGGACCCAGGGAUUUAGAAGGUGGUACAGCUGUAGCCACUCAGAAAAUUGAACCUCUGAGGCUUGUACUGCAGCUCUAACUGCUAAUAUGUGUGCUUCUGAACUCUUCCAAUAACAUUUAACUGGUACCAAAAUAAAAUUUGCUUUGCCCUUUUUAUAUAAUGUUUAAGUUUGGUCUGGGUUUUUUUUGUUUUGUUUUGGGGUUUUUUUGUGCCUCUGCCCUGCGUUUCUUCACUUUGUAUUUUAGUUAAAAGCUUGGUUAUAAGCCCUUUAGGGCAGGGCAGUUGCCUCCCAGCUGCUGUGACAAAAUAAUUUAUCACAAAUCUUUGCACAGAGGAGAAAAGAGUAAGGAAAACUGAGGGAUUUGGCCUGGCUAAGGAUUCAUCUCUACAGAAUCACAGCACAGUGAAACUUGUCUGGCUGUGGUCCCAAGAUACUCUGGUAACUUGUCAUUAAUAAUACACCCUGGACUGCUUUUAUUAUCACCAUGGCUCCUGAGAGUGUGUGAGGGAGCUCCUCCUGCGUUCUUCAGUCAGAGGAUACAUCCAGGCUAGGUGAAGAACAAGAGGCGUUGAUAACAAGUUUGUUCUGGAGGAUGUAAAGAGCAGUCUCCAAGUAUUUUCUUCCAGGAAAGAUGAUUUACAUUGUACCUAUGGCUUUAUGGAUCUGCUUUUCAGAAUAAAAGUAAUGAUUUUGGUCUGA